GCAGGGUGGGAAUAGUGGGGAAAUCUCGCACUUUCCGUACCGCGAAUGGUGGGGAGAGCUAUGCUUAGCAAUAUUAUGUUGAAACGAGAAACGAAAGAAAGGAACAGUCAGGAACAAACAACUUGCAACAACGCUAAAGAUUAAGUAGUACACAAAAGUCGACAAUUUUUUCCGAAUAAUUCGCAUUGGUCAAAGAACCCCCCUCUUUUCUCGGAACCGACCAGGAUUGACGACAUCGAAGUUUCAUCGUUUGAGGUUAUCAUCUGUCAAAGAUGGAACAAAAGUUGAGGAACCCCGUAUCACAUAGUCGUGCUGAUCGAACUACAGCUGCGGUCAGCCGAAGAUCACCGCCCCCCGAAUAUUUCGUAGAUUUAACCGUCGAUUCCCCAGUUACUCCUCGUCCUCGAGCACCGCUUCGGAGGAGCCGCUCCCUCAGACGACAUCAACACAAUUCUAGCCAGCAAGCGGCAUCAUCGCAAACUGCCACCGUCGAAUUGCCAGAUCUGGAAUUAAUCGACCAUUCUAACAGGCUUUUACCGUUGAAGAAAAGGAAUCGAACUAGCAAAAGUACGCAAGAAACACCUGUAAUUGAGCUGGAUGACAGUACGCCGAGCGAAGCAACUCGGGUCAAUGAUUCUAUGAACGGUGAAAGCAUGGUCUUAACUUGCCCUAUAUGCUUCGAAUAUCUUACAUCUAAACGCAAACCAACAUCGACACGUUGCGGCCACCUCUAUUGUGCGGAAUGCAUAGAGCAAACUCUAUCAAUGUCCAAAAAGUGUCCCAAAUGUCAAUCGAGCAUAACACCAAAAUCUUGCAUAAGAUUGUACUUUUAAUGCGAUGGAAUGAUUUCAAAAUAAUACCUUUGGCUGCCCAUUUGUCAACUAGGGAAAUGGUUGAUUGACAUUCAAAUAAAGCUAUCGAUGACAGAAUCACUCGAUAGCGAUAAUAAUGAUACUGAGUUGGACACAAUAGAAAUUUCAUGAAAUAGAUGGCGAACCAAUAAGCAUAGUCAUCAUGGGCGUUAAGAAAAAUUCCUCUAGUCCGAAAAAUACGGACUUCAAUGAUAAUGGCCAGAACUUGCUGUGCUCACUGGCUUCGACACUUAGAUUCAGUGAUCAAGUGUGCUCUAUAAAUUGAAUGAUUAUGUGCACGCUUGAUAUGUCAACUAUUUCUUCUUCCUUUAUUUUUUCGUUCAUCAACUUUUAGCACUUGACGUGCGCGCAUUUUCCUCAACUCUAUAAGACGUGACAAAUAGAAAAUUGGCCGAAUAAGGGUAUUUGUAGGAUACAUUCCGUGCUAUCGAUAUACUUGAAGAGAUCAAAACGAGUGUGAGAAUUAAAAAAAAAAAAUUUGAUGUCUAUGUAAUAUUUUGUAUCCUUGAUCUUAAUAAACUUUCUUUAUUUUAUUAUCGUC